GAACAGUUUUAGUGAAAGGUGAAGAACAAAGUCCGUGUGAUAUGUACUUAUAGUACUAAGCAGUCAAGUGAGACAAAAGUGGAGAGUGAAAUAAGCAAUUAAACGCUUACCAAGAUUCAAACACAAAACCCAUUAAAGUAAGUCUUGUAAUUGUUGAUUUUGAUUACCAAAUUGAUUUUGAUUGGGUUUUGUUGUUUCCUUGUGGGUUUUGCAGUUUGUUUGAGUUUCCAUCUCUGCAUCCCUCUAUAUUUCUUUUCCAAAGAUUGCAUGUCUUCCAACAAGCUCUGUCGCUAUUCUCACACAAUCAUACCACAAACUCAUUCUGUUUGGUUCAUUCUUUUGUCAAAAAGGGGUUGUUUCGGAGUGGAUUACUUUGGGUUCUUUUCUAUAAAACGUUUUUGGUUAAUGUUUUAGGAUUCUGUAUGAUUCUUGACUAAGAAUCUUUAAGUUUUGGUUUUUGAUUUUGGUGAUAUUGUGUUCUUUGAGUUUCUGAGGUGGGAAAUGGCGGGGCCUCGGAGGAAGGUCUUGGGUUUAAAUAAGAUAAUUGAGAAGGAAAAGAUGUUGAGAAAGAAGAAGGAAUGUAAGGACGAUGGUAAGGUAGUGAUGAGAAGAGUUCGGAUUUUUUACAAUGAUCCUGAUGCCACUGAUUCUAGUAGCGAUGAUGAUGAUGAUGAUGAUGAUGAUGAUGAUAUUGCUGGUGGUGGUUGUGAUAGUGUUAAUGAAUUUGGGAAGAGGGUGAAACGUGUUGUGAGGGAAGUUUAUAUUCCGAUGUAUGAUUCAAGUGAGAAAUGUCGAUCAUCAGCUAAGGUUCGGGGAAAGGAUUGUAAGGUUGAGGAUGACGAGAAUAAGACAACAAACGAAAAAAGGUUUACAGGAGUUCGGAGAAGAAAAUGGGGAACAUAUGCUGCAGAAAUUCGGGAUCCUAUUCAGAAGAAAAGAUUAUGGCUUGGUACUUUUCCAACAGAAGAGGAAGCGUAUGAAGUUUAUAGGGCGAAAAAGGUUGAGCUCGAGAAGAGGAUUAUGUUGAAUAAAAACAAUUUGAGUGCUGCUAGCGCAUGUGCUUCAGAAGAUACUACCGGAUUAUAUUCUCUUCCAUCACCCUCCUCAGUUCUUGAUGUGUCGAAUCCAUUGCAAACUGCUAAUAUUUCUGGUGAUGUUGUUAAAGAAACUGCUGGUACAUCACUGCAGAUAGUUGAUAGAGUUCAAGAAUCGACUAAAGAAUCAAUGCGUCUGAUGAGAAAACUUGUUCUGAGAGAUGAGUUGCCCAUCAAUGAAUUUGAGGUAGAUCCAGUAUUAUCACCAUUUCCUGAUCACAGCUGCGAUAUGGAUUCUCGUGAUGGCUUCAGAGAACCUACGGUGAAAGAGAUAUUUGAUAUUCCAUUUGCUUCAUUACCGAUAUCUGACAACUUAAAGUGCAGUUUUGGGGAAAAUAUGCUGGAUCAUGUGCACAUUUUGGGUGACAAAUUUAUUCAAACAGAGGAGCCUGUUUAUUAUCCAGAUGAUCAGAAGCUGGAAUUGCCGCUCGACCCUGAGUUGGGCAAAGAAGAAUUUGAUUGGCUAAAUGGUAACUUAUAAGUAAUAUUUGGAGCAUCAACCUGUUAAUUUAAAGGCAUUUUUGGCAUUGUAGCCAUAGAGUCGUUAAAAGCAUUAGCAUGUCGCAUCUGUAAGGAAGCCAAGAGAGUUGCAGGAGUUUUCUUUGUAGUUUUAUGCCUCUCGUCAUGUGACAGUAGUAGGGAAGGGAAAUCAGCUAGAUGAUCUCAUAUGAUGAGUACUUACAUAAUCAAGAAGACAUACUAUUUUUGUAUUGUCAUUUAAUCUGGUUGUUUUGUGUAAAUAAUUUUUGUGAAAUAUAUUGAAUGUUGAAUUGGCGUCAUAUUCA